GGCGAGGUAAGAAGGAGGUGUCGGCGGCGAGGACGAGGGAGUGGCGGACCGGAGAGGGAACCGCCCAAGUCUGCCGGAGGGCUGCUGCGCCUCCCCUUCCAUUCUGGCAGGAGCCCACAGACCAUGGCGGAGCCACCGAUCGAAGAUGACGGCGAGGAAGAGGCUCGGGCCCAAGCCAAGCCGGAGCCGGCUCACCAGGCCACGGUGGCAGCCAAGAACCUGGCCAUCUUGAAGGCGCGCUCCUUCGACGUCACCUUUGAGGUGGGGGAUGAAUAUGAGGUCAUCGAGACGAUUGGCACCGGCGCUUACGGCGUGGUGAGCUCGGCACGCCGCAAGGACACAGGCCAGCAGGUGGCGAUCAAGAAAAUCCCCAACGCUUUCGAUGUGGUGAUGAACGCCAAGCGCACUUUGCGCGAACUGAAGAUCCUCAAACAUUUCAAGCAUGACAACAUCAUCGCCAUCAAGGAUAUCCUUAAGCCCUCUGUGCCUUAUGCGGAAUUCAAAUCUGUGUACGUUGUGCUGGACCUGAUGGAGAGCGACCUGCACCAGAUCAUCCACUCCUCUCAGCCCCUCACCUUGGAGCAUGUGCGCUACUUCCUCUACCAGCUCCUCCGGGGCCUCAAGUACAUCCACUCGGCCAACGUCAUCCACCGGGACCUGAAGCCCAGCAACCUCCUGAUCAACGAGAACUGCGAGCUCAAGAUCGGUGACUUCGGCAUGGCCCGUGGCCUCUGCACCAAGCCCGACGAGUACAAGUAUUUCAUGACCGAGUAUGUGGCCACGCGCUGGUACCGGGCCCCGGAGCUGAUGCUCUCCCUCCACGAGUACACCGAAGCCAUUGACAUGUGGUCGGUCGGGUGCAUCUUCGCCGAGAUGCUGGGGCGAAAGCAGCUGUUCCCGGGGAAAAACUACAUCCACCAGCUGCAGCUGAUCAUCACGGUCCUGGGGACCCCUCCGGCCAAAGUGGUCCACUCCAUCGGGGCCGACCGCGUGCGCGCCUACGUCCAGAGCCUGCCGUCGCGCCAGCCGGUGCCUUGGGAGAGCCUCUACCAGAACGCCGACCGCAAGGCCUUGGCCUUGCUCUCCAAGAUGCUGCGCUUCGACCCCCGCGAGCGGAUCUCCGUGGUGGAGGCGCUGAACUACCCCUUCCUGGCCAAGUACCACGACCCGGACGACGAGCCCGACUGCGUCCCAGCCUUCGACUUCGACUUCGACAAGCGGGUGCUCACCAAGGAGCAGAUAAAGGAGGCCAUUGUGGCCGAGAUCAACGACUUCCACGAGCGCCGGGAGGGCAUUCGGCGGCAGAUCAGCUUCAAGCCGGCGCUGAAGCAGGCGGUUGUCGGCGGAGGCGGCCAGGCGUUGCUCCUCUGCUGCCGCGAUGUUGACAUGCCCAGCGCCGGCUCGCCUCGGGCUGGAGACGGAGACUACGCCAUGGCCUCUCCCGGGCCCUACUUGCUGACGGAGACAAUUGACCUCACCUCUCCGCUGGUGCCAUCGGCCGUUGUGCAGCCAGAGGUGAAGGCUGAAGAGGGCGCUCCAGCCACCAUUCCGCCUAAGCGGGAAGGCGCUAUCUCGGAUGACACCAAGGCUGCCCUCCGGGCGGCCAUUUUAACGUCGGCUCUCCGGCACAAGGCCAGAGAUACGCCUUCCACGGUGCCCGAGACGCCCGAUAUCCGCAGACCGGUCACGGCAAAGGAGCGCCAGCGCGAGCGCGAGGAGAAGCGCAAGCGGCGCCAGGAGCGAGCCAAGGAGCGCGAGAAGCAGAAGAAGGAGAAGGAACAGGAGCGGAAGGGAAUGCUGACCGAGAACGACCGGAACCUUCUGGAAAGGUGGACCAAGAUGGUUGACCGUACCCAGAACAAGCCGUUCCAGAACGGGUCCGCCAUCCCGCCUCAGGCGAACGCGGCUGCCCACAUCCUGCCUCAGGCCCCUCCUGCCAACUCCUUGCCGCCUCAGCCGCUCCCUGUCAGCCAUGUCCCCACUACCCCUUCCGGCGGCGCGCCUGCCGACUUCCUUGCCUUCCCGGACAAGAGAGUGCCUGGCUUGGGUGGGCCCAACCUGACUCUUGUGCCUGUGGGGGCGGAGCUGGCCCCUGUCCAGGGAUCUGGUGCCAACGUGGUCCACUUCUUCCCGGGACAACCGGGCCCCUUCUUGGUCACUGCUCCGACGUGCCCAAAAGCCGCCCCCCCAAAACCAGAGUGCCUCCUUGGCGUCAAGUACACCUCUGGGCAGAUCUUCCAGGGCCCUUAUGGCGUGGCGGCCCUCAACGCCUGGAGCGGCGUUUCCCAGGCGCCUGAAAACUGGGCUGUGGCCGAGCAGCUGCCAGGGACUCAGCCGGAGGUGGCGCCCCCUAGCGGUACUCUUCCGGAACAAGCGGUCAGCUACAGGCCCAGGGCCGGCGCGGAGCAGCCCCUGUUUCUGGCAGAGGUGGGGGGCAAGCCUGAGCUGCCGCCCCAGGGUUUGGUCGGGGACGAAGCCGGGGGACCCGCCCAUCCCCACAUGGCCCCGGGACUGCCGUCAGAGCCUCCGGAUAUCAACGUGGUGACACAGCAGUUGUCUAAAUCCCAGGUCGAAGACCUCUUGCCCCCUGUUUUCUCUGGCACCCCAAAAGGUAGUGGAGCUGGCUAUGGGGUUGGAUUUGACCUGGAAGAAUUUCUGAACCAAUCUUUCGACAUGGUUGGGGAGAACAGAGAGAGUCAAGGCGAUUCUGCCCCGCUCUCGGCCUCCCUCCUCGCCGACUGGCUGGAAGUCCAUCGCAUGAACCCCGCCGACAUGGAAUCCCUCCAGCAGGAACUGCAGCUAGGCUCUCCCAUGAUCCUCUCUGACAUUCCAGACCUGCAGGACGCGUGAAAAAGCUGCCUCUCCCUUCCGCUGUCUUCCUCCUGUUUCAUUUCGACCGGGUGCGAAAACGUCUGAGCCCCGCUUGGCUGUUCCUCACGGCCUUCCUGGCGACUCUGGCUGGGAACGUCACCGCAGUGCCUGCCUUUUUUCUUCCUUCCUUCCUUUUUUUUAAAAGCACCAGCUGGGUUGAGCUGGUGUUUGGACUUUCCACAUAAAAGGUCUGAGGGUGGCCCAGACGACACCCGUUCCUCCUGAAUGCUGUUCAGGUAACAACCUCAGCCGACAACACUAAAGGGUGGAUCCAUUACCUGUUGUCUUUGGGAUAGGUGCUGAGGGAACGCCUUCCUGACCCCUCACUGUGUUUUCCUUUUGCCUCAUGGCCUGAGAACUGGACACCUCUCUCUCUUCACACUUAGGAAACUGUUUGAGGGGCGAGCAUCCGUCUAAACGUGUUUUCUUUUUUCCAAGUUUACUGACGACGGGAGAGAAACACGAGUGCCAAAUGCUCAGCCAUGGCAUGCUUUGCCUUUUAUAAAAAAGUGUGUUGAAAGCACUGGAUUGUAUGAGAGGAUCGCCCUGUUGCGGGGAAAGGGGGGUGGGAAUAAGGAGGUAAGGUGGGCCCUAGUGGAUCAGCCCAGCAUCCUGUUCUCACAGCGGCCAAUCAGACGCCUACAGGAAGCCCGCAAGAACGACAGGGGGUUGGACUGGAUGGCCCUUGUGGUCUCUUCCAACUCUAUGAUUCUAUGACACAAGCGCAACAGCGAUUCUCAGCAUUUGAGGGCAUGUUGCCUCUCACAGCAGAGGAAUAAGCUAGCUAGCCUAUGUGACUGGCAGUCACUGACAGCCUUACCUUCCACAAAUUAUUGCCUCAUCCUCUUUGAAAGCCAUCUAAGUUGGUGGAAGCCACCUUACAGCUGCCUUAAUACUGAGGUAGACCAAGGGGGCUUGUCUAGCUUGGUGCUGUGCAUUUUGACCUUGGGCUGCAUCUCCCAAGAUCUGGGGGGGGGAAUUCUUCUGCAGGGUUCCUUUUAACUGGAAAUGGCAGGGGUUGAACCCUGAACCGCCCUCAGCAGACACGCAGAAAUUAUGGGCCCUUCUGGUGGUGUUGCUGGACUACAACUCCCAUCGUCCCUGGCCUUUGGCUGAUGGGGAGUUGCAAUUCCCGGCCAUUCCUCCGCUUUGGGACUUCUUUCCUGGGUCUGUCUAACAUGCCUGCCUUCCUGCAAGUGUGACCCAUUGGGUGAAGGUGUGUGUUGGCGUCCUGCUGCUGCCACGUGGAAGAUGGCUCAGGACAACCCUCCACGUUGCCCGCCUCUCCACGCAGCAGCCGUGGAUCCCCCUUCCAGAGGGGUGAGUUGGAAGCCUUGCCUCGUCCCUUGGUCCCUUUAGCCCAGUAUUGUCCACACUGACUGGCAGCAGCUGUCCAGGGUUUCAAGUGGAGUGGUGGUCCCCAGCUGGAUUUGAAAUAAGAUCUGAACCCGGGACCUUCUGCGUGCACAACUGAGCUAAUGGGAGUUCCUGCGCCCUCCACUAACUUGCCUGGCCGGCUGCUCUUGAUCUGUGUGCGAGUCUCAUAUGAAGAUGGUUUCUGGUGGCUUCCGUUUGGCUGCAACAGGCCGGCCUAGUCACCAAGAAGGCCUCUGAAGCUGCCAUCUUGCCAACCCUCCAGCCAUUUCUUCCCAUGAGACCUUGGUGCCAAAUUCGCUACGGAGGAGCCAGACUUUUCCCUUCCUCAGGAGCCGCUCUGCCAUGUUGAGAGUUUCCAAUCCCGGAAGAUGCAGUGUGGCCAAAAACGUAGGGUGGUGAUGGUCCUGUUUUCACCAAGACGAGGGUGCCCCAGAUUUCCAGGAGUGCCUUAGCCAGCCAUCUUUCCCUUGUGUGCAGCAGGCCUUGAUGUCUCGUUUCCAUAUGCUGAGCUCUGGAAGACGUUACUUGCUUUCAACACGCCUGUCUAGAUGAGAAUUCCACGUUUGGGGUGGCAGUGGCAGAGAUCUCUCUUCUGCCCCCCACCCAAUGGAACCGGGAACAUUGCAUAGCAAAGGUGACCUUCCCUCUUAGUUCAUUGUGGCCCACUAGGCAAACUCUGCAGCCCCGGACUGCAUUGGAACAUUAAACUGGGGGCCUUGUUUACUUGAACUGAGAUUAUUUUGGUUUCAGCUAUUCCUGUGCCCUUUCUUUCUUAGUCCUAGCCUGUCAAGGGUAACCUUGCGCCCAGUUGCAUUUUCCUACAAAGGGGGGGAGGGUUGGGAUUUGGGCCAGAUCGCAGGGUUGGUUUUCGGAUGCUUUCUGUGCUAGGUUAGCUGGGUGGAGAUAGAAAACGCACCUCUGAAGGUUCAGAGGUCAGAGUUGAAAUGGAUUAGUGUGUGUGUGUGUGUGUGUGUGUUUAAAACAACAACUUGUGUGUACAUAGUCUUUAGUCCGAGUGUGGUGGAUUUUCUCCAAAGCGAUGGUGCCAUCUCGUGAUUAUUUUUGUCAUUAAACUUUCUAUUAAAAUUGUGAUUUAUAAAAAGCCGGAGCGCUGCAGUGUUUGUAUUGUGUCUUUCCAUGUUGCCUGUAGGAUUAUUAGCGUGUAAGAAGGGCCCUGUUGGAUACAACAACAACAACAACAACAACAACAACAAAAAGAAAACGUAGAUACAAAAUUACGCACAAGAAUAGCAAUAAACACAAAAUUUUCUUACCAAACAAUAAAACGUAAGUUGGUCUUAACACUAUAGACCCA